AAUCGCUGUGUCGUCUGAUAUGUUCACCCACAACUUAACACAGACAACAUUUGUCUGCUGUUGAAGGAUGGGGUAGUUUCCAACCUAGACCUUCACAUAGCCUUCCUCCUAGUGGAUUGAGCUUGGAGCACCUCAAAGUGUUGACCACAUGAAUGAAGGAUUAGAAGGGCAAGUCAUCCAUUCUGUUGCUCCAAUAUCAUUGCAGUUUGUGGAGACAAAGUUCCAUGCCGAGGAAAUAAGCAGUGCAUUGAUCCCUGGAAAGUAUGUGAUCAGCAUAAAGAUUGUGAAGAUGGUUCUGAUGAAGCAAACUGUCCCCCGAGAAACUGCCUGGCUGGACAAUGGCAGUGCAAGAACAGAGUGUGCGUUAUGGAGGACUGGAAGUGCAAUGGCAUAGACAACUGCGGCGACCGCUCGGAUGAAGAUGGUUGUGGUAAGCAGCUUGGCCUCCUUUCAGAGACAUAUAAUUGCCCAUCCAUUUGUGAAAAUGCAUCUUAAAAAGUUGUCCUUGAGACUUCAUGUAGUUGCCCUCUGAAGACGUAUCAGGAAGAGAUUAUCAGGCUGCAACUUUCAGUAGAUGGUUUGGAUAAAGUUUGUUUAAAAGUACAAAACUGUUUGGGCAGUAGUUUUUCUAAAACUGCUUCCCAAGAUUUGGAACCUGCAAGUUUUCAAGUAACUUCCCCUUCCCCCCUCACACAGGAUUCAGUUUUGUUAGGGGUUUAAAAACUUGCUGGGAAGUAUUUGACAGAGCUGGUUUAAGGUCUUCUGCUACUGUAUGUUGAAGAUGAGGGAACCCAGUUUAAUAAGAUGCUGCAUUGCACACUGCUGAGAGCCAGUGUGGUGUAGCGGUUAAGAGCGGCGGACUCGUAAUCUGGGGAACCGGGUUCGCGUCUCCGCUCCUCCACAUGCAGCUGCUGGGUGACCUUGGGCUAGUCACACUUCUCUGAAGUCUCUCAGCCCCACUCACCUCACAGAGUGUUUGUUGUGGGGGAGGAAGGGAAAGGAGAAUGUUAGCCGCUUUGAGACUCCUUCAGGUAGUGAAAGGCGGGAUAUCAAAUCCAAACUCUUCUUCUUCUUCUUCUGCUGGUAUAUAUGGGUGUAGCCAGGAUUUUUGUUAAGGGGGUCAGGACUUCUGUUGGGGGCAGAACCAACGUGAUUGCUCAGUUAAGUAUUUCUAUUUUACUUGAUUUGGGGGGCAGCUGCCCCCCGACUCACCUUGGCUACGCCCAUGCUGGUAUAUUUUAAUUUUUAAAAACUUGUUGCAUCUUGUCCAAACUCACCUUAAGACUUUGGCUGCGGUGGACAUGUGUUUGAAAACUAAGGAUGCUGUUUUCUUCAGAAUUAGACUUUUUCAGAUGCAUAAACUUGUUUGGUACUAACUUAAGAUGUAUUUUAUUGGGUGCUACCCUAAUAUUCUAGCAAAGUAGAUUACACCAUGUCUUUAAUACCAAUAUCUGGAGCUGGUAUCAGACAGAUUUGUCUUAGAACAGGGCAAAUUAAAACAUCACUCUUCACAUAUCCAGUGCUGAAACCGUUCAGAGGCUUAAUCAGUAUCUUGAACCUGUCUUAUAAAGCAUUUCUUAUAAAGCAUACCUGAAGGAGCAUCUUCACCCCCAUCAUUCUGCGCGGAAACUGAGGUCCAGUGCCGAGGGCCUUCUGGUGGUUCCCUCACUGCGAGAAGCCAGGGAACCAGGCAGAGGGCCUUCUCGGUAGUGGCACCUGCCCUGUGGAAUGCCCUCCCAUCAGAUGUCAAGGAAAUAAACAACUACCUGACUUUUAGAAGACAUCUGAAGGCAGCCCUGUUUAGGGAAGCUUUUAACAUUUAAUAGACUAUUGUAUUUUAAUACUUCGUUGGAAGCCACCUAGAGUGGCUGAGGAAAUUACCGUAUUUUUCGCCCCAUAGGACGCACCGCCCUAUAGGACGCACCUAGUUUUUUUUUGGGGGGGGGAAUAAAGAAAAAAAUGUAUUUCCCCCCCAGGCACGGGGCUGGCGCGGGGGAAGCCCGAGCUUCCCCCGACCCCAGCCCCCAGAACAGCCUGCUAUCCGCAAGCCUAGGGAGCCACGCCGGUUUCCCCAGGCUUGCGGACAGCUGUGCGAAGCCCGGGUGCGCUUAAGAGGCUUCAAAAUGCAGGCAGCUCUGUGCAACCCUCCGGAGGCCGGCGCAGCUUGGCGCCAGGCUCUGGAGGGUUGCGCAGAGCUGUGUGGAGUCUGGGAGGGCAGGCAGCUCUGCGCGACCUUCCAGAAGCCGGCGCGGCUUGGGGCCAGGCUCCGGAGGGUCGCGCAGAGCUGUGUGGAGCCUGGAAGGGCAGGCAGCUCUGCGCGACCUUCCAGAAGCCGGCGCGGCUUGGGGCCAGGCUCCGGAGGGUCGCGCAGAGCUGUGGGGAGCCUGGAAGGGCAGGCAGCUCUGCGCGACCUUCCAGAAGCCGGCGCGGUUUGACGCCGGGCUCCAGAGGGUUGCGCAGAGCUGCACGGAGCCCGGGAGCGCAGGGAGCUCUGCGUGACCUUCCGGAGGCCGGCACGGCUUGGCGCCAGGCUCCAGAGGGUUGUGCAGAGCUUCCUGAAGCCUGGAGAGCGAGAGCCUCUCUCUCUCCAGGCUUCAGCGAAAGCCUGUAUUCGCCCCAUAGGACGCACCCACAUUUCCCCUUCAUUUUUGGAGGGGGAAAAGUGCGUCCUAUAGGGCGAAAAAUACGGUAUUAAAUUAUUUUUUCCAUUGGCUGUGUAACAAACUGGACUACAAUGGUAGUAGAUACACUCAGGCAAUGUGUAAAUAUUCUAGGAAAUGGAAUAGGGCGCACAAUACAUUAGAUGUCUUGAACUGGUUGCUGACACAUUUAACCUUGUGCAUAAAUCUAACUAAUUUACAGCUUACUGCCCAGAAGGAAUGAUCCACUGUGAUAAAGGGAAAUGCAUUAUGGAAUCUCUAAUGUGCAACGAAGUGAAAGACUGUUUAGAUGGCACCGAUGAACCCAGCACCUGCGGUAAUUAACUGUUUACACUCGUAUAGUAAAUAAUUAAGAGUCUUCUAGUCAGCUGUUAGAGGGUGUCAGCUCUGUUUAACUCUUGUUCUAUGCAUCUAGGUAAGAACUGCACUCUGAACAAUGGAGGCUGCAUGCAGAUGUGCACUGAGACUCAUUGGGGUGUGAGGUGUUCGUGUGGUCCUGGUUGGAAUCUUCAUGGCAAUGGUCAAGACUGUGCAGGUAUAUGUAAAAUAAAACAGGCGGUCACUAUUUUAGAACUGGAGAAAGUUCUCUAAACUGCAAGUUGUGACCAUUCAUAUAUCCUGGGACACUAUAACAAUCUUCAACCUUUUCUGACCAAAGACCCAUUUUUAUCCCAGAUAUGCAUUUGAGGACCUGAUUUUUUAAAUCAUUUUUUGUAUGGUGGUAGUGCUGCUUUUGAAAUAUGCCAUAGAGCAGACUGCGACUCUCAGUAGUUGGUCCUAACCCACUAGCUUGGAUACCAAUUGGCUAGAAGAGCCUUCCUAGUUGGCUUGAAUACUGCUUUUCACAAGGAGGUCUUGGGAUGCCAAGACACCCAAGCUGUCCAAGUAAGGAAAUCGAUGAUCAGCAUCAAAAUAGACCUUGAUGUUGCCACAGAUUCAGAGUUCUGACCUAUAAAGUCCUACAUGGCUGGGGUCCAAGCCAUGUGAAAGACCGAAAUCCCACAUACAAUCCUGCCCCGGUUUUGAGAUGUUCAGGGGAGGCCCUUCCCUUGGUCCCACCAUUCUCACAGGCGCUCUUGGUUGGGAAUGUGGGAGAGGGCCUUCUUGGUGGCUGCUCCCAGACUCUGGACUCCCUCCCUAGAGAAGCCAGACCGGCUGGCUCCUUGUCCUUCCGCCAGCAGAUGAAGACCUACUUUUUCCAACAGGCUUUUGGGAAUUGGCUACUCUUAAUCAAUUGACUGGUACUGUUUCUAUUGUAAUUAUUUGUAUGUUUCAAACAGAUUCUAUGUAUGUGUGUGUGUAGUUAAAUUGUUUUUAAUGGCUGCCUUUCUGUUUUUAGCAAUUCUUGUUCAUAUCCGUAGGCCACCUUGAAUCCUGCAAGUGGAAAAAGUAGUUUAAAUAAAUGCAAGUGGUUUAAAUAACUAUAUAGUAAUCAUAUAAUAAAUUGCAUUGAUCAUAAUAAUAAAUAGCUCUAAGAAGCUAGUAGUGCUUCAUGGCCAUAGCAGCCCUUCCCAGACUACAGGAACUUUAUGUACAUUACACUGACUCUGCUUGUUCAUUGCAGAUGUUGAUGAGUGUGCAAUGGCUUACGGUCCUUGUAGCCAGUUGUGCAAGAACACAGUAGGUUCUUUUACCUGCGACUGUGUCCAUGGGUACUGGCUCUCCAACGGAACUACUUGUAGGACUGCAGGUAGGCCCUCAGGUCCAUGGAGCAUGAAUUCCAGCUCUCAGUGCUGAUUUGCAGGGAGGUGGAGACAUGGGAAGCACAAGACUGCCUAGCUUGGCAAAAGUUGGUACGCUUGUAAUUUCUUUUGUAGAGGUAAUGCUCAGGUUUCUGGCAAAUGGAGGGGAGUUGAGCUCUUGUGGGCAAGUUAACCGCAUGUUCUCAACAGACAAUAUGUGAGGUUAGAAUACAAAAAGCAACAAAAAGUUAGGAUUGCAUGUCUUAGUUUGGGUAUGUGCAGUGCUACUAAGCAGAGAUAUUUAACAGAUGUCUCCCAUAAAGGACAACUCUAGUAAGUAAGGCUAUUGGAUACAGCUUGAAUAUCUUCUUACUGGCUAGAUUUUCUAUAGCUCAACAGCUAAUAAUGAGCAGGAUUGCAUUCUGGGACAAGGCCUAAUAAUGAAAAAUCUCCUCCAGAUGGUGCUACAAAAAUACUUCUGGCUGUUGGUCGUGAUUUUGCUGUCCUGGAUGUAAAAACUCAUGAACUGAAAACUCUAAUGUCUAUAAGGACAUCGCCCAGCUCUGUUGCCUACGACUCGUUAAGGAAAGCCUAUUAUUGGGUUGAUGAAGGAAGAAAGCUUCAUAUCUAUGUACCAGGAAAAAAUGAGAUGCUUCUGUAUCCAGGUAAAGCUGUUGAUAUACUUGCAGUAACUGCAUCCUUAUCUAUAGAAAGCUCCUAAUAUACUUGCAGUUACUAAGUCAUUGGCCAAAUACUACGGCACCCCAUUGUGUCCUUGGAAGCCUGUGGCAAGGCUUCUCAGCAGUGAUCUUUAAAAGUACACCGAGAGCUGGUGCAAUAUAGUGGGUGGUGCUGGACUGGAAAAAUGAUGCUAACAGGGUGAGCUUCUGACCAGUUGUUCACUUGGCCUGAGGUUUAAAGUAGGUGAAGAAGGACAGAACAACAUGCAACACAUGCCAUAGGCGCAUAAGUAGUAAUUGCUGUUUAAAUGUAAAUGCAACAAAUAACAUCACUUAAAGCACUUGGACAUAAUUUUAAUAAGUGGCCUGAAUCCUGAAAGCAGGUGCUUAUUUUCUUAGCGGCUGGACAGAAUAUUCCUUGCAUAUGUAAAAAGACUAGAUAUUCUGAGCUGAAAACAUGGUGGCGUAGACUCUAUUCUUCCUUGGUUGGAUGCUACAUUCUACUUUUGGAGUAACAAUCUAGGUGGGUUUGCCUGUUAGGAAAGGUAACAACAGGAAGAAUUAAAGGAACUAUUGGAAACUCAAGGCAGUAGAGAUAUAAGAUGAUCAGAGCCCCACUGAACUUGAAGCAUGGGAAGCCCCAAUAAAAAUUUAUAAUUUGGCAGAAUAUUUGGACUAUAUGAUAUGUAUUUUUAUAAUUUGGAAUAUUUAAUGUGAUUUGAUUGAAUUGUUAAAAUGGAAAAUUUAAUAAAAAUUAUUUUAAAAAUAAAUAAAUAGGUGGGUUUGCCUUUUAUGGACAAGACAAACCCUUGCAUCCUCCUUGGUAGUCCUGUUUGAGCUCCCAACAUGAUUUGUAAUUCCAGACAGGGAUUGGCUGCGAAAGCAAUAUUUUCAGCUAUUAGUGGGUUAAAUGGGAAUCCUAAGUGGAGUGGCAUGGCAAAUUAAAAUACAGCACAAAAGCAGCACGGGGAUUUGUUAAGUUUCCUGUUCAUGCUCCCAAGCAGAGUUUUAAACUUCCUCUUACAGGAGUUUGUUUCUGGAGCAGUGCUUCCAAAUUAGUGGUCUGGGGACUUCUGGGGGGUCCGGGGAACACACCCGGGGGGUCCUCCAUGGCCCCAUCCCUUGCCUCACCCCUAACUAAUUUUUUGUCAUUUUUGCAUGGCAAUACCACAGAUUUUAUGGUCUUUAGCAAUUUUUUCAAUAUACAGUCAUACCUUGGUUGCCGAACGCCUUGGAACUCGUACGUUUUGGCUCCCGAACGAUCGAAAAUUUUUGGAAGCCAAACGCUCCUGCAGCCAAUCGGAAGCUGUCUUGGUUUUCAAAUGGUUCUGGGGUCAAACGGACUCCUGGAACUCAUUCUGUUCGAGAACCAAGGUACGACUGUAUUGGCCAAAAUCAGUUUUGAAAUGACACUGCGGUAACGAUUUUGACGCGGCAAUACACAGCAAUAUAAUACUUCUCGCUCGAGGGAGAGGACAGCCGAUUUCAAGGCACUACGGAUAUCGCACAAUGAUCUCUGCUGAUAACGCUGCUGAUCUGAGCUGCCUUCCCUCAUCCUAAAGGAGAACAGGGCAGCUGAUUGCCCUCACGUCAAGGCACCACGGCACUACCUUCCACUGGCACUGAGGUGGAGCGGCUUUUCUCAGUCAGCAGGAAAGCAGCAGCAGCCACAGUAAACGUGCAUCUCCGCUGGCUGCCACUGCUGGCUGGAUAGUUCACACAAUAAAUAAGUCAGAAAUUAAAUCCUCCUAACAAAACAGUUUAGCUGCCGCGUCAACAGUGUGACGCGGCAGCUAAAAAAGCCAAUGCAAUUCUGGGCUGCAUCAAUAGCAGUAUAGCAUCUAGAUCAAGGAAGUAAUAGUGCCACUGUAUUCUGCUCUGGUCAGACCUCACCUGGAGUACUGUGUCCAGUUCUGGGCACCACAGUUCAAGAAGGACACUGACAAACUGGAACGUGUCCAGAGGAGGGCAACCAAAAUGGUCAAAGGCCUGGAAACGAUGCCUUAUGAGGAACGGCUAAGGGAGCUGGGCAUGUUUAGCCUGGAGAAGAGGAGGUUAAGGGGUGAUAUGAUAGCCAUGUUCAAAUAUAUAAAAGGAUGUCAUAUAGAGGAGGGAGAAAGGUUGUUUUCUGCUGCUCCAGAGAAGCGGACACGGAGCAAUGGAUCCAAACUACAAGAAAGAAGAUUCCACCUAAACAUUAGGAAGAACUUCCUGACAGUAAGAGCUGUUCAACAGUGGAAUUUGCUGCCAAGGAGUGUGGUGGAGUCUCCUUCUUUGGAGGUUUUUAAGCAGAGGCUUGACAACCAUAUGUCAGGAGUGCUCUGAUGGUGUUUCCUGCUUGGCAGGGGGUUGGACUCGAUGGCCCUUGUGGUCUAUUCCAACUGUAUGAUUCUAUGAAAAGAAAAAAAAAGCUAUGUAAAAUUGCAAAUAUUUUUUUUUUGCUCUCCAGCGCCAUCUGGUGUUAUAUGCUUAAUGCAUUCAAAGCAUUGUUUUUUGACUAAUGUAGCUGAGUCCCAAGAUCCCAAGGGUUAUGAAACUACUGAGCUUCUAUAAAUGUUUCUCUCCUAGAUGCUGGCAGUGUCAACAGUAUAUCUGUAGACUGGUUCACAGGGCAGUUAUAUUGGACCAGCAGUGCCCCUGGUGCCAUCUUUGCUGGCCUGAGUGAUGGCAGAGGCUACGUGAAGAUCCUGGAGAAGAACGUGUUGCCAGAACAACUCGCUACGUUUCCAGAAAAAAGGUAAACAUUCCUUGCUUCACUGCCGUGACUUGGAAUCUGUCUGGAAUAGCCUGGCUUGAAGUCCCUAUUGCUUUACUAGGGAUGGGCGCAUGUUAAGGGUGAAAUCUGAAAGGCUGCUUCCUUUUAGAUGACCCACUGCAGCGCUUAAGGUACAGUACUGCAGUUUCCUAUUCUACCGUAGGCAUACCAUAGCCAAGUCAGCCACAGAGCUCCAGGAAGCGGAUUUCCCAAAUGGAUGUUGUGUGUAGGAAAGUGAGUGUCUGUAGAAGAAACAUGGAGGUGGGUGGUGGUGGAGGUAACUAGAAAAUCUGGUAGCAAAUUAAUGCCCUGUCCGUAGCUAUACAUGUUCCAUUCUUAGUUUGGAUAUGCAAUAAAGCAUCUGUUGAUUAUGUGGAUCCCAAAUAAGUUUUGCUUGUAUCCAAGGCAUUUUGAAUACUGAAUCUAAAUGGGCAAAGGUGAGUAAUGCGUUUAUAGUGACACUUCCAGGAGUGUAGCAGAAUUGCCCCUAGAUAAUUUAAUAGGAUGAGAGCGUUUAGGACAGUGUUUCCCCAACUUGGGUCUCCAGCUAUUCUUGAACUACAACUCCCACCAUCCCUAGCUGGCAGGACCAGUGGUCAGGGAUGAUGGGAGUGGUAGUCCAAAAGCUGUUGGAAACCCAAGUUGGGGAAACACUGGUUUAAAGGCUUGAGUGGAUUUAUAUGCAAGGUACGGAGAAUGAAGGUGUUCUUCAGCUGGAAUAUUUUGGAGCUAGCACUUAGCCCUGGGACAUAUAAAGAUGCCUCUGAGAGUGCAUAAAGAUCUCCUUUGCCCUCUCAACACAAUUACCAGUCAAAUUCCUAGGAGUACUUGCAUGUAAUCCCCACUCACCCAAGCCUGCGUCCCUUGUGUUGCAACUUCUGUGAUGAAAGGCAGGCCUUGCGUGACUGGCCACUGAAAACACACAAUGUGGUCCAGCUUGAGGUCCUGCAUAUGAGCUGGCUGUAGCCAGAAUAAGUCUGUGGCAGAAAGGAAUUCUGGAACUUGGAAAGCUUAGCCACAGCACUGAUGUAUCAAGGCACUUCAGGAUCUGUUCAGGUGUUAACUUGGAAGAAAAUGUUCCUUGUGGGUGGAAAUAGUGAGAUGUGUGACAUGCUCUGCUCUUAAGUGUGUCAAAGAGUAAAGGUAAAGGGACCCCUGACCAUUAGGUCCAGUCGUGGCUGACUCUAGGGUUGCGGUGCUCAUCUCGCUUUAUUGGCCGAGGGAGCUGGCGUACAGCUGGUCAUGUGGACAGCAUGACUAAGCCGCUUCUGGCAAACCAGAGCAGCACAGGGAAACGCCGUUUACCUUCCCACUGGAGCGGUACCUAUUUAUCUACUUGCACUUUGAUGUGCUUUCGAACUGCUAGGUUGGCAGGAGCAGGGACCGAGCAACGGGAGCUCACCCCAUUGCGGGGAUUCGAACCGCCGACCUUCUGAUCGGCAAGUCCUAGGCUCUGUGGUUUAACCCGCAGCACCACCUUCAUCCCCAUGCCAAAGAGUAGCUGGUCCCAAAACAAUCAUAUUAGAUGCUGCUCCUGCAGUGCUGAGUAGCCCAGUAACAUGGUGCAGUCCUCUGAUCACCUCUCUUUAUUGCAGCUACAUGUAUUGGGUGAAUCGUGAACAAGGCAGGACUGUAAUCGAAGCUGCGGGGAUGGAUGGUUCAGACAGACACGUACUUGCAAUCGUAACCGCUGAAGACCCUGUUGGAUUGACUCUUGAUCAUAUAACUAGCAGAUUGUACUGGAUCAGUGCGUAUAAAAAGGUAUGAAACUCGAUCCACCGGAAAUUCACAAAGAAGCCCAUGUCAAGUCUGUAGCAUCUUGAUGUAACAUUUCAUUGUGAUCUGGUAGCAACAGAAGCUUUUCUCCCAUGCUGGAAAGUCUGGUGGGUUUGGUGCUGUUGCAGUCACAGCAUGGCAAGGACAAGGGUUUGAAGGUCCUCUUUCCCUGCACUCACAACUCACAGUACCAACCCCCCCACACACUUACUUAAAAAAAAUAAAAUGCUGUACAAUGCAUGCCAUGUCUAAUGUGGCUCUAAGUGAGCUGGCAGCCUUGAACAGUAGAGCAAGCCUGUUAAAAUGUGGGGUGGUAGUCCCUUUUGGACUAUUUGAGGAAGCACUAUAGCCAAAUGAAGUUGCGAGCAGGAUUCAAAGCUAGUGCAGUUAGCCAAAAUUGGUGUUUAUAUGUUCAGACAGUCUUGCAUUGGCUAGUCCAAACCAGCUGUCCAACUUUUCUCCAGGUUCAGAUCUUCAAAGGCAGUCCCACAUUGCAGUAAUCUAACCUAAAGGUUACCAGAGUGUAGGCAACAUAAUCUAGGUGAUCCCUGUCCAGAUAGGGGUGCAGCUGGGCCACCAGCUGAAGUUGACAGAAGCCACUUAAGCCUUUGGCCCUCUGUUGUUGUUGUUUAGUCGUUUAGUCGUGUCCGACUCUUCGUGACCCCAUGGACCAGAGCACGCCAGGCACUCCUGUCUUCCACUGCCUCCCGCAGUUUGGUCAGACUCAUGCUGGUAGCUUCGAGAACACUGUCCAACCAUCUCGUCCUCUGUCGUCCCCUUCUCCUUGUGCCCUCCAUCUUUCCCAACAUCAGGGUCUUUUCCAGGGAGUCUUCUCUUCUCAUGAGGUGGCCAAAGUAUUGGAGCUUCAGCUUCAGGAUCUGUGCUUCCAGUGAGCACUCAGGGCUGAUUUCCUUAAGAAUGGAUACGUUUGAUCUUCUUGCAGUCCAUGGGACUCUCAAGAGUCUCCUCCAGCACCAUAACUCAAAAGCAUCAAUUCUUCGGUGAUCAGCCUUCUUUAUGGUCCAGCUCUCACUUCCAUACAUCACUACUGGGAAAACCAUAGCUUUAACUAUAUGGACCUUUGUUGGCAAGGUGAUGUCUCUGCUUUUUAAGAUGCUGUCUAGGUUUGUCAUUGCUUUUCUCCCAAGAAGCAGGCCUCUUUUAAUUUUGUGACUGCUUUGGUGCUCUAGGAAUCUCUUAAUGAAGUGUAGUUUUAAGGGCUGUCCACAAAGAAAAAUGCAAAACCUUGGUUUGAGGCGGCAAAUGCACAGUGGUGCAAUUACAUAUGGCAUGUGUCUGUACAUAACCUCUGGAGGAAGGCUUUGCUCAGUAAACUGAACAGUGGUUUUAGUGUACACCUGGGACAUGAACCUUGUUUGGUUGCCUUGACUCUAGUUGAGCUGUCUGCACUAUAAUGUAGCCCACGCAGGCGGCGAUGGGAAGAUAAUAGCACAGUAAACAACAGGAGUUUUGUGUGUGUGUGUGUGUGUGUGUGUGUGUGUGUGUUCCACACCAGCACUUCUGAAUUGGCUUGGUGUUCUGGUGGGCAGGCAGCAGUACUCCCCAAACCUUCAGGUGAACUGCUCAUUAGCUGGCGAAGGCUAUAGAAAUUGUCACUUGAAGCGCUUGACUGCUAGUCCCCUCAGUCUGGUUUGGGAAUUCUGACUUGGCAUUUCUGCUCUUCAGUCCAUAGAGACUAUCAAGGCCGAUGGCACUGGCAGGUACACUUUCCCAGAGAAGCUGCUGAAAGCACGGACCCCUCUGGGACUCGCUGUGUUUGAGAAUUCCAUCAUUUGGGCAGACAAAGAGCAAGUGCUCUCUGCAUCCCGCACCUCCCCAGGUGUCGGCGUGUUGCUGAACUCUUCAGUGUCUUCGUUCACAGUACUGCAUGAGCUACUGCAGCCUCAAAGUAAGUAAAACUCCCGAGAUCAAAAUUUUUUAUGAAGGGUGGAUUGGAAGCAUUUUUUAAAAAAAUAAAACCAAUUUUUAAAUCUCUCUAGCUACAUAGCUAUGAGCAAGACAUGUCUGGUAGCAGGAAUGGCUAUUUCAUUUCCUCAUUUCCAUGUGUGUUGCCUUUAAAUACCUAUACCCAUGACCAGGCAGAGUUAAUAUUAACAAACCGACUGUUGUCUUGGUAGAGGGCUGGGUACAUGUCUGGUUGGGGGAGCGGGCAGGUGGCCUGUCUUGGGCCCAAGGGUGCUUAAGGUGACCCAAAGGCUAUAAACCCCAAUGGUACUGUUCUACCAUAGAGUUGUCCUGCUACAACCUUCAGUUUUGCUUCCUCAAGAAUCUGAAACUUGACAGCCAUAACUACUGUAAUGGCCACCAGUUGGACUUGGAAGUAUCUCCCAGUUGGGAGCAUUCCAAGAGCUCUGUUCGGCAGAACAUGCAGCUAGGUAAGCAUGCACAUGCUUAAGCCUCCACAUACAAGGUCCUCUAUGCGCCUAACACAAAAGCAGAAGUGUCCAAUAUAAAGGAGUCCUGUCCCUGUGUAGGGAGUGCGUCUCCAAUGCAGCCUUGAACAACGCUUCACAAAAUAUUAAGAUCUCUUUAGAGCUAGAAGGCCCAUGGGCCUUGAAGUAUAGGCCCCCACCCCUUUGCUCUCUAAGUAGAUAUCUGACCUCAGGUGUGGAUACUUGGAAGGGAAAGAAAUGUGCUUAUUAAGGAGGUCUAAGACAAAACAUAUUGUCUUCAGUAGCUUUUCAUCCUUUCAAUAUUAAUCUCUGGAAGCUUUAGAACAGGCAGGGGCAAACUCGAGCUGUUUUUGGGACUACAACUCCCAUCGUCCCUAGCUAACAGGACCAGUGGUCAGGGAUGAUGGGAAUUGUAGUCCCAAAACAGCUGGAGGGCUGAGUUUGCCUAUGCCUGCUUCAGAAAUCUAACGCUUCACAUUUUAAUUUGAAAUGUUAAACUGCAGUGCAGUUGAUCUUGUCCCAGACUCAAGCUGCCGCAUAGACAAUUUGGCCCCCUAGCUGUUUGAGUUUCGGCCUUUUUCAAACAUUCAUUUGCUGCAUUGAUGCUUGAGAUCUAAUAUGUGAACUGUACUGUAAAUGUGAGGUGGUUGGGGAUUUGGUUGGUGCUAUAUGUUCAGAGUAGGCAAAUCCUAAUUUGCACAGCGUCUUCCUUCUGUCAGUGUGCAACCUGCUUGAUCUCAAAAUGGCUCCAAGUAUGAUUUAGACCAGGGUUUCCCCAACUUGGGUCUCCAGCUGUUUUUUUGUACUACAACUCCCACCAUCCCUAGCUAGCAGGACCAGUGGUCAGGGAUGAUGGGAACUGUAGUCCAAAAACAGUUGGCGACCCAAGAUGGGGAAACCCUGGUUUAGACAACUGCUUGCUCUUGCUAUCUAAAUAGCUGCCUUGGUGUCUUACACAUGUUUUAAGUUCUGUGGAUGGGGUGAGCCUGAAAAUGAGAACCAUCUUCUCAUACUGCUGAAUUCUGUGGCUGGCAUCAACUUCAGCAUUUGCGUGCAAUACACGUGGUCUGUGCAUUCACGGGAACUUAAGUUUAAUUACUGGAUUCAACCUAGGAAGGGGUGGACCCAUUCUUGGUCUAACUUGUCAUCUUGGUCACUAGGUAACACAGCUGCCUGUGCACCUGGAUUGUGUAGCCAUAUCUGCCUUUUGUCACCUGUUCAUCCCAAGGGCUACAGGUGUGCCUGUCCAGAUGGCACUUUCCUCCUGCCUUCAAACCAAUGUGCAGGUAGGCUUGUUCUUUUAAAUCUGGGGUGAAAAUCCUUCCACAAACUACUUUGAGAAUCCCUCUUUGUGGGGUGGGUUAAACACCAGUGUUCAGAUGAGCUUAUGCUGCAUUGCAUUCUGGGGAAUUUAUGAGAAACUGCUGGUGCUAAAUUUUAUCUAGCUGUUGAUUAGAAUGGAGAUGUGUCCAUGAUUUGGAUAGAAACCUGUCACACAGUCCCAGAAGCUCAGUUUCAGACAGGACUGUUUUGAAUCUCCUGUUUUGGUCCACCACCAUGUUUUGACACACUUAAGAAAACAAAACAUUGCAUUGUAGAGCUAUGGGAAGGCUGGGUGACCUCUUCAGCCUUCCUGUCAUAGUAAGUUAAAGCAGGUCUGUCUUCAGUUGGCUUUAAUGUAAAUGCAAAAUCCAAUUGGCCAGAAUGCUUGUGGUAAUAAAUGCUUCCCCAGCAUCUCAUCUAUAGCUUUAAACUGACUCUGAGCAACUAGCAUGACUACUUGAGCAUCAACUUGCUACUCUAGCACCAAAAUCAGACGGUGCAGGUAUCAAGCCUAUAAGAUGCCCAGGUGACUACUGAAGUCAUAACCUGUUCUAUUUGUCAUAGCAAGAGCAGUACUUGGGUUGAGUAAUAUGGUGACACUGAGCUGGGAUGGCUAGCAAGUUGUGCAAGACCUGUUCCUCAAUUCCUGUACUCUUCCUGCAGUGCUGAAUGUCUUGUAUUCUACUAACAAGCAAAUCUACCGGCUGGAAGUUGACCCAAAGGGGACAGUGUUGCAGCAGCAUGAAGUGAUUCAGGAGUGGCCAGAAAACGUCUAUUUCCAGGACAUGGACUGGAGCAGGGGAUUCAUCUACUGGACUGAUGACAAAGGAGAACUGAUGCGCUUCACUGAAGAGACGAAAGCGAAACUAAUAAUUCCUACAGGUUCGCCAGGUGAGCUCCUGUUCAUUGCUGUAGAGCUUCUAUGCAAAUGAAGCAUGGACUUCUAAAACAAACUCCUAAUGAUGGUGCCAAGACAAGAAAUGGGUUUGGAAGAGAAUUUACUUGGUUGGUUGGUUUCCAAUCUGCUCCAGACUAUAUUUACUCCCUAAAGCAGCGGUUCUCAACCUGUGGGUCCCCAGAUGUUGUUGGAUUACAACUCCCAUCAUCUCUGAGCUCUGGCCUUGCUAGCUAGGGGUGAUGGGAGUUGCAGUCCAACAACAUCUGGGGACCCACAGGUUGAGAAAGGCUGCCCUAAAGCAUCAACAUGCAGACAGUGCAGGAUGCUAAGGGAACAGCAGUUUACCUCUUUGCCCAUUUCGUGAUUCAGUCCUUGCAGCUAGAGUUAAUGGUAUAAUUAUCUUAUGGAUACACUUCCUGUAACCAGUCCAGUGUUUGGCGCAAUGUGGUCCAGCUGCCGCAGUGCCGUAACCCCUAAUUUCUUACUUGACUCAACAUAACUUUAGGAUCUCUAGUCUACGGUCUGUGCUCUGGACAGGGAAGAGACGAAGCAAAAGGCCAUAGAAGCCAGUGAGGCCUUGCACAGGAGUACAGUAAGUCUUCAAACACAGAUCUGACAGAUAGUGCCAUAGCAGAACAAGCAAGGUCACUAUUCUGCUGCUUCUUAGGAGUGCAUUGCACAAAGAGGAAAGGGAUGGGGUAGAAAGCAGUACUUCUGCCUGCGACUAGCUUUGGAAUCUUCGCCCAUUGGAGAAGGCUCUUUUGUCUAUGGGAGAGCUCAUGCUUUGCAUCCGUUUAAAAGGAUUUGUAGACAGGCCAGAAAAUAUGUGCACAUCUGCCUGAAACCUUACAGCUACUUCUAAGUGCUCUAAGUACCAAUGACGACAAAUGUUUCAGCAGAAAGAUAUGACUUUUGAAGUCAUGUGUGAGGAAGUAAGGAAACUUCCUUGCCUGUUCAGCACCUCUGCUUUAGCUGUGGUGGCUUGCAAUGGGAAGAGGGAGUACAAGAGGUCUGGGAAAUACCGUAUUUUUCGCUCUAUAAAACGCACGAGACCACAAGACGCACCUAGUUUUUGGAGGAGGAAAACAAGAAAAAAUAUAUUCUGAAUCUCAGAAGCCAGAACAGCAAGAGGGAUCGCUGCGCAGCGAAAGCAGCAACUCCUCUUUCUGUUCUGGCUUCUGGGAUUGCUGCGCAGCCUGCAUUCGCUCCAUAAGACGCACACACAUUUCCCCUUACUUUUUAGGAGGGAAAAAGUGAGUCUUAUAGAGCAAAAAAUACGGUAGUUUCCCAGCAGCACAGGGCUCGCUUCCAUGUUCCUGUAACUUGAAAAGCCCUUAGCCCUUAACCCAACCCUUCCCUCUACAAGGAGUGUUUCAGCUAAGAGCUGCGAAAGAGCAACGGCAGCUUUGGCAGAUGCAGCAUGGACAGUGGAUUAAAGCUGUGGCAAUACGCAAAGGAUAAAAGCAAAACUGGUGGAGGAACUGAUCCUCCUCUGCAGCUGGUAGCUUAGCCCUAAAGAUUACCCCUCAUCCUAUUUUGUGCAGCAAGUAACUCAUCCCCCCACCCCCAGUGCACUUUUCAUUGUGCAUUUCACACAGCAGAAGACCUCCAGGUAAUCCUCCCAGGACAUUUGACGCCUGUGCAGUGCCCCCAAAUUUCAGCCGGGCACCACUUACCAUUUUCCUUCCAGAAACGAAGGAAACACCUGCAACAUAAGGUGUCCCAGAAAUGCACGGAAUUUUACCAUUGGUGUGAUUACUACCCCAGGCCGUGUUAGCAGAUUGGGACAAUAAAAAACGACCCAUCACGCUUUCAUAAGGCUCAUUCAUGCUUUCGCUUUCCCCUGAGAAGACUCACUGUUUACCACUGAACCUGAGCAAAUGUCAAUCAAGUCAUCCGGUCUGAUGUUUGCACCGAUUUAGUGCUAAAGAGCAGGUUUUGUGGGGGAGGAAAGCAGCAGCGCAGAGGCGAAACUGCUUAGUCCCCUGUGCUUUCUAGGCACAGAACUAGGGGAAGUGUGGACAAGCCUAUAGGCAAAUGGCCAGGGAAAGCUCAAGAAAGCAUGUGGGGGUGGCACAAACCAUUUAAUGUUUUGGAGCACUUCUCUAACCAAGGUCCCGUCCCCCCCCCCGAGCCAGUUUCAGGAUGUGCAGGGAGAAAGAGGGAGGGGAAAUGGAAGUUGGUUCUGCAAGUGGACGUCCUUGAUGAGCUGGACUUCCAUUGAGACUGGAAGGAGAAGCUUAAUUUUUUACAUUUGCUUUUUCCCUCCUAGUCUGUGAAGCGGCUGUUGAUAUAACUUCUGGGGACCUAUAUUGGCUAACCUGUAGCAGAACUGAAAUUAAGGUUACUAGUUUUGCUGGCAUGACGACGAAGGUUCUCUAUCGUGCGAAGGCUGCUAUCUGGCACCUGUUCCUAGACUGGAAGAGAGCAUCCUUGUACUGGCUAGAAAGUGGGAAACCAAUUCAGAGGCUGAACCUUGAUGGAAGCAGUAUCAAAGAAGUGGGGAAGGAAGCCUGGACAGAAGAUCUUCCAGUUGCCUUGGACAUAAGCUCGCGUAGCCUCCUCUGGGCUUCCAAAGACUAUGGUAAAUUACAUGUUGCUUACCCCGUUAUACCUUGUGUAGUUGAUGGUUCUCAUGCUAGCUGUGCAGCAGUAAACAAACAUUGCCACUGCAAAGCCCGCUUUUGAUAGCAGUUCCCACCCUCUAGUCUGAGAACAGGCAAUAUUUCCUUACUAACUGCUUUGAGGGUGUGGGUGGGUGUUUUCUUUUUUUUAAAAAAAAAUCUUUUAAAAGCAAUAUUGGCUUGAGCCCUUAUUUGCUAAGGUUGCUGGGCUGUCCCAUUCAGCUUUCUAGAAACUAGUUGUGCUGUGACUUGUGUAAAUAUACAACACACUUUGGUUGCUUGUUGUGAUGGAAUAAUAAGCGUUUCCUUGUUCGUAGGGCUGAAGGUGCUGAACCUCAUCACACGCAAGACAUACAGUAUAAAAGAGAAUUGGACCCAUGGCGUGGCAGCUGUGUAUGGACCUUACCUGGCGACAUUCAACAAAACAACCAUUGUGGUCUGGAACAGAAGAUCAGGGGUGCCCUCUGCUGUGCAAGUAGCCAGUGUACAGAAAGCAAUGAUGAUCUUUGACACAAAUUUGAGAACAGGUAAACUGACUUGUCACCACUAUGAAUUCCUAUUCUGGGCACUUAAACAGCCAGAGGGCCUUACCAAAGGGUGUGGUUCAGUCGUCCCUAUGAAAUAUGUGCUGCAGAAAAAGGCUUGCUGGUCUACAUGUUUACAUCAUCUUUUCAGUGCAUGAGUUCUUGGCUUACUGUUAGUGCCCACUAAAGCAACGGUAAGAAGUUCAGUUGCUGAAUGUUUUGGACCAUUGUUCACUGCAAUUGUUGCGUGGGAAUGAGAGUUCCUAUCUCCCAUAGUGCCUGCAGCUGUUGAUCAUUAAGGCCAUGCGAUUGUGCCGGGGAGGAGGGGUCUUAUAACAGCCGUAGAAACCUACUGUUUGCUUUUUAAACAGUUGGGAAUUCAACUUGCUUAAUUCAUGGCCAUCACCUCUGAGUCUUUCCUUGAAAUGAAUUUUUGGUCUUGGGCAUGUUGCUACAUGCUGUGCUUGCAAGGUUCAUUCAACACAGGACCAGGCACUGCUAGUCUAGAGAAAUUCUUAUCUGAUAAACCUUUGGUCCAUUUUUGCAAGGUGAUUCACACAUACACAUACACAAGCACAGUGUUUCCCAAACUAGGAUCUCCAGCUGUUUUUGCACUACAAUUCCCAUUAUCCCUGACCACCUAUCAUAGUUAGACAGGUGGGGAAGUAAGGAUCUGACUUGCUGGGCCAAAAACGUCCCCCAUCCCUGAAUAGGUCCUGAAACUUGCCAUGACAUGUACUAGGCCUAUACUUCUGCUUCUCACCUGCAGGGGAUCAGGCAGAAGCACAACACAGAUCCAACAGACUAGAGGCAAAGCAAUUCUAACGGCUACAGGACUGCCUAUCUAACAAAGUAGCCAGGAGCGCCAACUGUCUUUUAGAUGAUGGGGCACACUUGCAAAAAAAAUGUGAUGUUGAUAAUAAUUAUUUAUAUAAUCCCUAUCUGACUGGGUUACCCCAGCCACUCUGGGCAGCUUCCAACAAAUUAAAACACAGUAAAGACAUCAAGGGACACGAGUGGCACUGUGGGUUAAACCACAGAGCCUAGGACUUGCCGAUCAGAAGGUCGGCGGUUCGAAUCCCCGCGACAGGGUGAGCUCCCGUUGCUCGGUCCCUGCUCCUGCCAACCUAGCAGUUCGAAAGCACGUCAAAGUGCAAGUAGAUAAAUAGGUAGCGCUCCGGCGGGAAGGUAAACGGCAUUUCUGUGCACUGCUCUGGUUCACCAGAAGUGGCUUAGUCAUGCUGGCCAAUUGACCCGGAAGCUUUACGCCGGCUCCCUUGGCCAAUAAAGCGAGAUGAGUGCCGCAACCCCAGAGUUGGCCACAACUGGACCUAAUGGUCAGGGGUCCCUUUACCUUUAAGACAUCAAAAAUUAAAAACUUCCCUAUACAAGGCUGCUUCAGCUGUCUUCUAAAAGCCAGGUAGUUGUUUAUUUCCUUGACAUCUGAUGGGAGGGUGUUCCACAGGGCGGGCGCCACUACCAAGAAGGCCCUCUGCCUGAUUCCCUGUAACCUCCCUUCUCGCAGUAAGGGAACUGCCAGAAGGCCCUUGGAGCUGGACCUCAGUGUCCGGGCUGGACAAUGGGGGUGGAGACGCUCCUUCAGGUAUAUUGGAUCGAGGCCGUUUAGGGCUUUUAAGGUCAGCACCAACACUUUGAAUUGUGCUCUGAAACGUACCGGGAGCCAAUGUAGAUCCUUUAAGACCGGUGUCAAAUGGUCCCAGGGGCCACUCCCAGUCACCAGUCUGGCAGCUACAAGAUGACCGCAAUGCUUAUUCUCAAGUGCUCUGUUUUCCUAUAAAGAUUAAGGGUUGGCCAUCAAACACACAAACUGUCAGUGCAAUGUGAACAGGAGUAUGAAGAAACUGGAACUGAUUGCUAACUUUCUAAUUGCAGUGCGUUCUGUUCCUGUUACAAAGCCUGCUGUCAUAAGCACUGCUGCACCAACUACUAACCGUACUACUUCAGCUGCAGCAGCAAGACCAACAGCGCAGACUACAGCGUCAAGGACAACAGUGCUGACUACUACACCCACAACAACACCCAAGACCACCACUAGGGUGACAACACCCAAGACCACCACAAGGGUGACAACACCCAAGACCACCACAAGGGCGACAACACCCAAGACCACCACAAAGGCAACAACGCCCAAGGCCACCAAGACCACAACAUUACCAAAUGCAACCAAUACCACUGUCUUAACAACUGUGCCCUGUAGGUGGGCUGAACUUCCUUGCCUAAAUGGGCAGGGGUGUGUGCCCUAUGAAUAUGUCUGUGAUGGAGAAGAGGACUGUAUGGAUGGGUCCGAUGAAGACUUCUGUUCCCUCAUUUGUGGUGAACCAGGUACUAAGUUCUUCCAUGCUGUGUGUGAAUAGCUUAAUACUGCAGAUGGUGAAAUUUAAUAAUGGAGGGACCAUCUCCUACCCCAUCGAGACAAAGGACCUAGCAUGACAAAUGUGGCUGAUUGGGCUAAGGUCAAACUUUUGCAGGCCUACAGAGUUGCCUAAAUUAUUAAAGAUUUGGCUCUUGUUAGACAUGCUGACUAGGGGGGAAGGAAGGGAGCAAGGGCAGAAUUUGAGGGCCUUCUCCAGCCCUCUCACUGUCUGCCAAAAGCCUUCUUCCCGUAGCUGGGAAAACACUUUCUAGCCUUUGGGAAGAAGGAAGAAGGACUCAAGGACCCUGUCAGAGCACUUAGGCCUCCUUUCCAAAGCCCAGUGUUGUUUACCUGGCUUUGGGAAGGAAUCAGAUGUUGCUGAGAGCCGCCAAAAAAGGCCUCGUGAUAGACCCCCUUACUCUAUCAUUUUGUCAACUUUUUUUUAAAUCUAGGAAGUAUGUGCUUGCUUUCUCCAGUCCUACAGAAAGGCCUGGCUAUUGAACUUAACGUGUUCUUUUCUCUUUCUUUCUAAAAGGAAGCUUCCAGUGUCUAAGUGGAAACAAAUGCAUUCGCGAGAGGUUCCUUUGCGAUGGGAUUCCACAUUGUCCCGAUGGCUCGGAUGAAGCCAACUGCUGGGUGCCAACUCCAGAGUGUGCCUUGCGCUGCGAUAACAACAUGCGCUGCGUGCCUGAGAGUUGGUUAUGCGAUGGGAGCCCUGACUGCAGCGAUAGCGCCGAUGAACAGGGUUGCGGUGAGCAAAUACCCAGUUGGCAGAGCGGUGCCCGAAUGGGUACAUUCUGCUUCCAAAUUGCCAGCUUUCUACAAAAGUUCCUGACUAUUAGCUUGGGUAAAGCAUAGCAUAAGGCACAUGCCCUGAGCUAACACUGCCGCCUGCUGUGUCUUAACAGGCUGCCUUUGGGAAGGUAUCUUAACCUUGUCCCUGAACCUGCAGGGUGGCAUCGCCGCUUGCAACAAAAGCUUUGGUGGCACUGUCUGAACUUGCUAGAAACUUUUUAAUUCAAAUGAUGCUUAACUCUUGAACCAGGAGCCAAUGGCUUUGGACUACUGACUGUUUUGGAUAAUGGGGUGAUGAAUUCAGAAUGGGCUGGAGGGCUAGGGCUUGAACCCAGUAGAUGUCCUGAGGCUUGUAGCAUCUCUUCAUCCCCAAAGCCCAUUCUGCAUUUGCCUGUGCAGUUACAGCUGUUGGUGCAGCAGCCAAUUUGCAACCAAGGACAGCACUUUCCUGUUCCUGGUUGUGUGAAAUAUCAGGACGUUCCAUUCAUAAACAUGCAGUCGGCAUCAAACCUGAACCCAUAUGUAGCCUCAUGGCUUAUUUGCCAAAGGGAUAUGUAAAUAUCCGCAUCUCCUGGAGCUAUGACAGUCGAAGGACUAAUUCAUAUGAUAGCGGGUCAUUAUAUCUUCACACAAUUUAAACUGCUGAAUCAUAUGUCAAUUAUUACAGGGUUUGUGGACCCAGAUGCAUUUCUGUGUAGCUUGUGUUAAAUAUAUUUUACAUUGAUCCUUGUGGGGAGAAUGCAUUCAACUGUUCAUGAAUCCUAUAUGAGUGAAAUCUCUUGGGUGCUUUCUAGAAACAAUAAACACUGCUGUCUGUCCCUGCAGUUCAUGCAAAGUGCACUGAACAGGAAUUCCAAUGCAGAAGCGGCCAGUGCGUGUCGUACUCGCUGCACUGCGAUGGAGACCGUGACUGUAAGGAUGGCUCAGAUGAAGUAGGCUGCCCAGUAGCCCCAAAACUACAUUUCUGCCAUUCGGAUGAAGUCAAUUGCCCUAAAAGUGGAGAGUGCAUCCUCAAGGAAUGGCUCUGUGAUGGCGAUAAGGACUGCAAAGAUGAAUCUGAUGAACAGGUGUGUGUGUGUGUGUGUGUGUGUGUGUGUAAACUGGCAACGAAUGCAGAGUGCCAUCAAAUCGGCUAUUUAUAAAGAUCCGAUCAGUUACAAACAUAUAUUAAGGGCAGGAGACAGCUAUUCUGUUUCUUUUAAAGCAGUAACAAUUACAUGCAAGCAUGCGCAUGUGUUUUCUACAGGACCUGGCUAGUACAAAAGGUACAGUAUUUUGAUGGGCAUGGAAAACAAAGAGGUUGCUUUUUAAGCAAGCACAAGUUCAUAGCAGCCAGCUGCAAAAUGAAGCACCGCUGAGUGCUCCAAACUCCAUUUCUAGGUUGUGUAGUUAUCCCUGCAGCACAAGAAAACUGCAAAGGAGAAAUUGUGUGUGUGUGUGUGUGUGUGUGUGUGUGUUCCCUUUUGCUUGAAUGCCUUCUUCUUGCAGGACUGCAGUUUGCCAGAGCACAAGUGCGGUGACAACCAGUGGCAAUGCAGAAGUUCCGAGUGCAUCCCAGACCUAUGGUACUGUGAUGGGCAGGCAGACUGCAGAGACAGGAGUGAUGAGACUUCCUGUAAGUACUCUUCGCGUUUCCCUUGCAAGAGCUUUUGCUGGUGCUUAAAGUCUUUACCGUUGAGCAGCUCUCCCCUUUGGACUUACGUGGCACUCCCACUCAAGAGCCACGAGAAAAAUACCUUGCCUUUAAAAGUCUUUGGUGGUGAAAUUACGGUACCUAUGCUGUUCAGCAGCAGAGAAAUCACAUUCUGUAAAGGAGAAAUCAAAACAAGUGUGGAGGGGGAAAUCCUCAAGUGAACACCUUGAGGCUAGUCUAGAAUAGCAGAAGGUAGAGUGGAUUGACAGCCUAAAGCUGCUCCACUUUUUGGAGAAAUGUCAACACCCAGCGCUAGGUGUAGAGUGGAUCAGAACUUCUGAUACAAGAGUGAGGAACCAUUGGCUCUCCAGUUGUUGCUGAACUACAACCCCUGUCAGCCCAAAACAAACAUGGCCCGGGACGAUGGCAUUUGUAGUAUAACAUUUAGUUCCCCAAACCUGCUCUGAUAGGCAUUCCUGCAAGCUUGUUAAUGAGCCUGCAGUAAUUUCAUGAGCAAUGCAAGUGCAAUAGUCUUCACUGCCACCCAUUUCGCUCUUAAGAACAUGAGCAGGAUUUGACCCUGCUGUGCGGUAUUCCCUUAGCAGAUGAGCAAAAUGAAAGCCAAAGUACAUGCAAUAGCAGCAGACCUUAAAAAAAUAAAUCCACAUCUGCCCCAGUGGGGUUGGAGGUGCAAUUUUAAAGGGGUGGGGGAGUGCUGCUGAAUCCUCACCACCCUCUCCCCUGCAGUUCCUUCCUUUAUCACCAGACUCACAAGCAACUGGAAAACCAAACUCUUCAACUCUCAGUUGCAUGCCCUCCUUCUUCAGUGCCUUUAAAAUCCACUGGUAAAAAGGCAUGCAGGUUUUACUGCUGUAACAGCCUGGCCCCUUAAGAGUUCUGAAGACCCACUUAUUUCUGCUCUACGUUUUAAUGCUGGUACAGUCUUUGAGUUUUUUCUUACUGUUACACAGGCAAGCCGAGGAAGUGCCUGGGCUAUGAAUUCCAGUGUGGCGAAACCUGCAUUAAUUACACCCUGGUGUGCAAUGGGAGACCAGACUGUCAGGGUGGGACGGAUGAAGGCAGGAAUUGUGCUCUUGCAUGCCGGCGGUCGUGCUCCCAGAUCUGCUACAAGUCUCCUAGCGGGCCUGUAAGUUUGCUUCUUCUUGAAUGUUGACUAUACUACCACUUUGGGCUUGUGGGAGAUUAGCAGCCAAACCUAACCAAUGCAUAUUCUUGAUAGUUAGCAUGAGAAGGGGCUAGGUCCGCAGAGUUGUAUUGUUGUUUAGUCAUUUAGUCGUGUCCGACUCUUCGUGACCCCAUGGACCAGAGCACGCCAGGCCCUCCUGUCUUCCACUGCCUCCCGCAGUUUGGUCAAACUCAUGCUGGUAGCUUCGAGAACACUGUCCAACCAUCUUGUCCUCUGUCAUCCCCUUCUCCUUGUGCCCUCAUUCUUUCCCAACAUCAGGGUCUUUUCCAGGGAGUCUUCUCUUCUCAUGAGGUGGCCAAAGUCUUGGAGCCUCAGCUUCAGGAUCUGUCCUUCCAGUGAGCACUCAGGGCUGAUUUCCUUAAGAAUGGAUACGUUUGAUCUUCUUGCAGUCCAUGGGACUCUCAAGAGUCUCCUCCAGCACCAUAAUUCAAAAGCAUCAAUUCUUCGGCGAUCAGCCUUCUUUAUGGUCCAGCUCUCACUUCCAUACAUCACUACUGGGAAAACCAUAGCUUUUACUAUACAGACCUUUGUUGGCAAGGUGAUGUCUCUGCUUUUUAAGAUGCUGAGAGUUGUAUUGCUGCUUGGCAAAUGCACAGGCCAUAGAAAUACAAUUGGUAGACAGGGCACUGUAUGAUGUCAUUUACCCUCGUAUCCUGGAGAGGGAAGAGCAUAUAGUACCGUAUUUUUCGCUCUAUAAGACGCACCAGACCACAAAACGCACUUAGUUUUUGGAGGAGUAAAACAAGAAAAAACAUAUUCUGAAUCUCAGAAGCCAGAACAGCAAGAGGGAUCGCUGCGCAGUGAAAGCAGCAAUCCCUCUUGCUGUUCUGGCUUCUGUGAUAGCUGCGCAGCCUGCAUUCGCUCCAUAAAACGCACACACAUUUCCCCUUACUUUUUAGGAGGGAAAAAGUGAGUCUUAUAGAGCAAAAAAUACGGUACUUCUUGUUCCCCCCUCUCUCUCUUCCUUUGCCCGGCGUUAGAUGCAGCUAUGCCUCCACUUGCUCCACCUUUAGGCACUUGCCUGAAGCUGUUUAUAUUAUAAACAUAAGCAUUUCACCUGCAUAGUUUUUACUGCUGCAAUUGCUGUGAACCAAUGCAAGAAUAUAAGUAAGUAAAUUACAUUUUUGGACCCAAACUGUCACCUUCUCCUUCAUUAAGCGAUGUACAAAAGGGCGAGCCACCUUGCUUCAGAUCUCCUUUUAAUUUUGCUGCCAAGGAUGAGGUUUUGAAACCCUGUUCAGCUCACACACAUUGGGAGUCUGGAGGGAUGAAUUGCAAUUCAUACAUCCUCCCCUGCCCAUUAGAACGCAUUCCACAGGGCUCUACAUUGAGUGACUUCUAAACUGACCGCUGCUUCUGCCAGGACGAAGCUUGCUAAGGCUCUUUCCAUGAAAGAAAUGGAACACAGAAAACAACCAAUCAGUCUUGAGCAGCAACGAUCAUUUCACUUUUCUCCAGCAGCAACUUUUCAUACAUGAGCAUUCCAGCAUAAAAGCUCUGAACGAAGAUGAUAAAAGCGACCCCCUUGCCUGCAACAUGAAGACCCAAGUUUCUUUUAACGUAACCUUCUCCUUACAGAAAUGUGCUUGCUACGAAGGAUUCCGGCUAAGGAGCGACAGGCGCUCCUGCAAAGAUAUCAAUGAAUGUAAAGAGCUGUCGGAGGAGAAAUGCAGCCAGACUUGUGUCAACACAGAGGGAAGCUAUAUGUGCACUUGCCACCCUGGCUACUUGCUGGAACCAGAUGGCCACACCUGCAAAGUAGUUGGUAAGUAAAGGGACCCCUGAUCAUUAGGUCCAGUCGUGGCCGACUCUGGGGUUGCGGCGCUCAUCUCGCUUUAUUGGCCGAGGGAGCCGGCGUACAGCUUCUGGGUCAUGUGGCCAGCAUGACAAAGCCACUUCUGGCGAACCAGAGCAGUGCACGGAAAUGCCGUUUACCUUCCCGCCGGAGCAGUACCUACUUAUCUACUUGCACUUUGAGGUGCUUUCGAACUGCUAGGUUGGCAGGAGCAGGGACCGAGCAACGGGAGCUCACCCCGUCGCGGGAUUCAAACUGCCGACCUUCUGAUCGGCAAGUCCUAGGCUCUGUGGUUUAACCCACAGCGCCACCCGCGUCCCUAAAGUAGUUGGUAAGGCCCUGUAAAUGUGGAGCUUGCCUCUUCUGGUAGGCAUAUGUCUGCGUGGUUCAGUGGCUUGAGCUGAGCUUGCCUGAAGUGGAAUAAAAGAAUUUGGCUUCAGGCACAUGCACCCACAGACUUGGGGCUAGGAAGCUGUAGAAACUAAGCCUCUGUAUUGUCCUGCACGGUGCUGGAAAAGUGAUGGGCAGCUCUAAUAGAGUUGUUAGUUGGGCAAGGACUCCCGACUUAGCACCUAGAAUUCUGCUGCUUCGAAAAGCAGCAUUGCUUUGCAAAGACUGAAGCUGCAAACAAUUGAAAAGAAAGCUGGCGUAACUUGCCAUGUGUUACUUUUCACCCAAAUACAAAUGUGGGGAGUAAUGUUAAGUGCAGCAGUAACUUAAAAAAACUGCAAUGUGUAACCCCUUCUCUUUCCUGCAGGCUCUGAGCCGAAGUUGCUUGUUGCAGUUCAGUUCAAUUUGAUCCUAUAUGGAUUAAGGAGCCUGAAAGAAGAUGUUAUAUUGACCACUGAGAAGGACUUUAUUAUCUUUUCUAUCGACUAUGACUUGGCGGAGCAGAAAAUCUUCUGGAUGGACCUCAAUGCAGAAAGUAUUAAGUGGAUGAACAUGAGAAACAAGGAAAGGGGGACUCUAGUUAAAGGUGGGUCUUUUGGUUCAGGUUCCGGCAUCUGACUUGGAAGCAAACUACUUACUUUGAACUAUGCUGAAAGUCUCUGAUGAAACUUCCUACUUGUUGAAUGUAAAAUACAGUGGUACCUUGGGUUAAGUACUUAAUUCGUUCCGGAGGUCCGUUCUUAACCUGAAACUGUUCUUAACCUGAAGCACCACUUUAGCUAAUGGGGCCUCUUGCUGCCGCCGCGCCGCCGGAGCACGAUUUCUGUUCUCAUCCUGAAGCAAAGUUCUUAGCCUGAAGCACUAUUUCUGGGUUAGCGGAGUCUGCAACCUGAAGCGUAUGUAACCUGAAGCGUAUAUAACCCAAGGUACCACUGUAAUAAUAAACUGAAUCUGGCACAAAUCCCCUGCUCCAGAAGAGGCUUCCUGGACUAAUUCAAGAGCAACCGCUUGUCCAGGCCACCAGUAUUUGCAAGGUGGUUUGGAGCACAAAUGGAAAUUGUGCAAUCCAUGAAAUGCUGCAGAAAGUCAUUGCAGGUAGCUACACCUGUCUUUUCUAAUAGCCUAGGUGAUUUUAACACAGCAAGUUUGGCACCUGCUAGAGUUGUUUUUGUUGUUGUUUAGUCUGCUAGAGUAAAUACAGGCAAUGACCGAUUUGCAUGGGGAGUUAUGUUCCUGCAUGUCAGUGGAGUGCACUCAUUUUAUUCCCCCCCCCCCAUGACUCCAGGAAUCAAAUCGGAUUGCAUAGCAGUAGACUGGGUAGGAAGAAAUCUUUACUGGACAGAUGGGAUGGCAGGACAGAUCUUGGCUACACAGCUAAAUGGCAAAUGGAGAGGAAUUCCUGAGCACACUGUGGUUCUGGAUUACCUGGAUCAGCCUCGGUCACUCGCACUCCACCCGUUGGAUGGGUAAGACUUUCAGAGUCUCUGUAUUUUAUGAACAUUGCUUCCAAUGUUGGGCUUCUAAUUGGAAUACAGUGGUACCUUGGUUCUCAAACUUAAUGCGUUCCAGAAGUCUGUUCCAAAACCAAGGUGCACUUUCCCAUAGAAAGUAAUGCAAAACGGAUUAAUCCGUUCCAGACUUUUAAAAACAACCCCUAAAACAGCAAUUUAUCAUGAAUUUUACUAUCUAACGAGACCAUCGAUCCACAAAUUGAAAGCAAAAAUCAAUGUACCGUACCAUAAAAUAAAUAAGACAAUAUUGUAGAUGAUAAAAAUUAUUUUCUUUUCUUACCUGCACUGAUGAUAGUCAUUGUUUGGAUGGGGGGCUUUUAGCCAUUUAGUCACACAAUCAAUCAAUCAGUCAAUCAAUCAAUCAAUCAAUCAAUCAAUCAAUCAGUAGCUGAACUGGGUUCCACACAGUCACAAAAACAAAUUAACUGAAAAAGCCUCAAAAACACAAAAUGAAUUGCAAAAACAAAAGCGCCAAACUCAAUUCAUUCCGGAAGUCCGUUUGACUUCUGAAAUGUUCGAAAACCAAGGCGCAGCUUCUGAUUGGUGCAGGCGCCCCGGAAACAAUAGCCGACAGCUGCAUGGGCCGUUUGGCUUCUGAAAAACGUUCAAAAACUGGAACAUUUACUUCCGGGUUUUCAGCAUUUGAGAACCAAGGUGUUUGAAUACCAAGGCGUUUGGGAACCAAGGUGUUUGAAUACCAAGGUGUUUGGGAACCAAGGUACCAUGUAGUCUGCUGCAUGUGCCAGAUACAGGCCGCCCAAAAGCCACACAUGCCAUUCUCAUUACUGUGAGAAGCUUUGCUGGCCUGCCAUUCUAGUCUUGGCUCUUGAUCUUGGCUUCUUUCCAAGGCUAGCCUAAACUUUAAAAUAAAAAAGAGCAAAGGUGCACGUUGUAUCGCUGUGCCUGCCCACCAUAUACAAAAACUUUUCAAGUAGGCUUGGCAAACUUGACCAAUCAGAACAUACAAAAAAAAGAUUGCCACAAAAUGGGACUGAUGGCAACUCGUCUGCUGACCUUAUUGGGGAUGAUCCAUACAUAUAAGCCAUGCAGGUUAAAAAGAGAGUCUGAACUGGGACUCUAAACUGCACGGAAGACCAGCUUUUCAUCCUCGUGUGCUAGGGGUCAACUCAUGUGCAAAGAACAAUGCACACUUACCAUUUGCAGAAUUUUUGAUCUGAGCUCCUGCUCUGGUCAUAGGGAUUCAUGACCUGGCUGAAAGUAGGCUCUGGCUACGAUAAGAGAUGUGCGAUUCUCAGAAGGGGAUAAACGGGAAAAUGGCAAUUAAAAUCUGCAGACUAAAAUGGAAUUUAGGCUUGCGAACCUUUUCUUUCCAACAAGCAGCAUAUCGGUAGUGUAUGAAAACUGAAGUCCAUUCAGUUUCUCUGCCCUGCAGAAGUAUCUUAACAUUCACCUUCUCUUCCUUAGGUUAAUGUAUUGGUCUGCAAUAGGGGAUGACUCCAAAAUAGAGCAAGCUGGUAUGGAUGGAAGCAGCAGAUCGGUACUGCUUGAUGGGCUUGGCUGGCCCACCAGCAUAACCCUUGACCUCUUGAGCUGGAAAAUCUUCUGGUCUGAUGACAAGUUUCACUAUAUUGGGUCGGCCUACUUGGAUGGCAGUGGUAUGAAGGUACCCCAUACCUUAUAAGCAUUCCUGAUGUGUGGAUGGAGUGAUUGCCAAAUGUGUUAUUGCAUGCGAAAAUGCUUUUUUAUAAUAUUCAUGUAAUUUCUCUCUCUCUCUCUCUCUCUCUCUCUCUCUCACACACACACACACACACACACACGUGUGUGUGUGUGUGUGUGUGUGUGUGUAAAGUAAAGGUAAAGGGACCCCUGAACAUUAGGUCCAAUUGUGGCCGACUCUGGGGUUGCGGCGCUCAUCUCGCUUAAUUGGCCGAGGGAGCCGGCGUACAGCUUCCAGGUCAUGUGGCCAGCAUGACUAAGCCGCUUCUGGCGAACCAGAGCAGUGCACGGAAACGCUGUUUGCCUUCCCGCCGGAGCGGUACCUAUUUAUCUACUUGCACUUUGACGUGAUUUUGAACUGCUAGGUUGGCAGGAGCAGGGACCGAGCAACGGGAACUCACCCCGUCGCGGGGAUUCGAACUGCCGACCUUCUGAUCGGUAAGCCCUAGGCUCUGUGGUUUAACCCACAGCACCACCCGCGUCCCAUAUAUAUAUAUGUGUGUGUGUGUGUGUGUGUGUGUGUGUAUGGCGACCCCAAAGUAGGUAUACUGCUUUAAAAUACACUUUCUUUGUUCUUGACUCAAGUUCAUUCACAAUAUCAGUAAAGAAAAACCAUCCUUUUAUCUGACUCCACUAUUCUUCCCAACUUCCAGCCUGAAAUUUAACUGCCACUUUGUUCUGGGUCAGUUAUAUGUAUGCAUAUAAUCUGUUGUGAUAAAUUUCAUUGAUUCAACUGUAUAUAAUUAUACUGUACAUUGAUGUAUUUUCGUUUUGUGUAAGAUUUACCUUUGUUUUUUACUUUACUCAGGCGUAUUUAGAGAUUUAUUUCUUACGUUACUUAAAUGUGGUACUUUAGAAGUGUUGGUAGUACAGUUGACAUAACCCACUUUAUAGAUUUCUUGAAAUAUAAAGCAGUACGCAAAUUAAAUUAAUAUCAAAUAAAUGCCUGAUUCCAGCUGUGGACGAAGCUCAGGUAAGCUUAUAUAUUCAAGAGCUGAGGCUUCUUUUUUCCUUUGAAAGUGGGAACUGCUCCUGCUUUCAGUGUAACAAUCCAUCUUUGCUCUCAGUAAAUCUUGAUAGAAUUCUAUAUGGAUACAAAAUCUUUCAUUUGACCCAGAAGUGACAAAGACAAAAGUUGAGGGAACAAUGCUCAUUUAAAAACUUCCAAAUCUUUGUUGAACAUAAGAUCUAGGUCAAACUGGGAUAAGUAUCUUGACAUCAACACUUCGUUUCCCCUCUGCUAGGUGUUUGAGCUGACUGAAAUUCAUAGUCCCUUUGCAGUGACUGUCUUUGAGGAUUACGUUUAUUGGUCUGAGCUGAAGACAAGGACAGUACAGAGACUACACAAAAGGACUGGAAAGAAUAGAUCCGUCCUUAUCAAGCGUCAUGGGCAACCAUAUGGACUUAAGGUACUGCCUUUAACUCUUUGUAGGGGACCAGUCGGUUGAGCCAAGAGUGUAUCUCCUUGCAAAGCAUUGAAGAAUAACUGAAACUGGGUUCUGCUGGGACUUUGUUUGCAUAGCAUCCCUCUGAACAAAACUCUCACGCUAUCAUAUUAAGCAAGUAAAACAGCUUUGCUGCAAGGCAGGCUGGGAGAAUGGAAAACAUGGCCAGGAACAAGGUAUAGGCCAAAUGCCGCUAUUCUUGUGAAUAUAGUUGCUGCACUAAUUAGUGUUAACUCAUUUUGGGAAGUCCCAUGUGUGAGUGUGGUUCAGACUGCCAACCAUCAGUAAAAGCUGCAUCAAACUUGCCUGCUGAAGUGAAUCACACUUGCGUAUAGAAGCUGCAUGCAUUCCACUUAGCUUGGCAAAGCCCUUACAGUCUAUUGGAAAUAACAACAACAACAACAACAACAACAACAACAACAACAACAAUAAUAAUAAUGCAGGCCUGAAGGACCCAGCUUGUUAAGAGAGUUAUUCGGUAGCUGGGGAGCAACGCAAGCUUUUCUGCUUCAAAAAUGCAGAGUAAAGGUAAAGGGACCCCUGACCAUUAGGUCCAGUCAUGGCCGACUCUGGGGUUGCGGUGCUCAUCUCGCUUUAUUGGCCGAGGGAGCUGGCGUACAGCUUCCGGGUCAUGUGGCCAGCAUGACUAAGCUGCUUCUGGCAAACCAGAGCAGCGCACGGAAACACCGUUUACCUUCCCGCCAGAGAGGUACCUAUUUAUCUACUUGCACUUUGAUGUGCUUUUGAACUGCUAGGUGGGCAGGAUCAGGGACCGAGCAACGGGAGCUCACCCCGUCGCGGGGAUUCGAACCGCCAACCUUCUGAUCAGCAAGCCCUAGGCUCUGUGGUUUAGACUAAAUCCAGACUGCCAGGGAAACUGACCUGUUACACACUUGGCUCAUGGACCUCAUCCUUUGUCAAAUGGAGAACGGAAGGUACCUUUUCCCCCACUUCAUGACAACUGCCACAAACUUGAGAUUAGAUGGGAAAUGCUUUUUCUUUCCCCAACUCACCCACACAAUGCAGACUGGCUUUACUGCAGAUUUCUCCCAGCACAGUGUAUGUUGCAGUGCAUGGUCUUGAUUCAGGCUACAGACAGAGAUGCCCUGGAAACACCAAUCUCGGUCAAGGCUUUUAACAUCUGGGGAAAUUGGCUUGCAGAUCCUGCAUGAAGUUCUUCAGCCGGGAGCCCCCAACCCGUGUGCGGGAAAUGGCUGUUCCCACUUGUGCCUGUUGAACCCAGACAAAAGAGGGAGCUGCCGCUGCCCAGCUGGACUUGUGCUUUCAAACGAUGAAAAGACCUGCGUUCCUCUGAAGGAGACGGCGUUCAUGUUUCUGGUUGCACAAGCCUCUGUUACUCAGGUAUUGCUGCAAAUGACCUCUUGCAUAAUAACAGGGAAUUUUGUUGUAGUUUUCCAGUCCAAGGGGUCCUUUCCCCCUUUGUGGUAAGCUGGAAAGGAAAGGAUUUUUUCCCCUGCUGGGUAAACAUGACUAGAUUGAGCUCUUACAAGGGUGCUCGACAAAAAAUGUUGUGUAUCUCAUCUCCCUUUCCGUGAGCUGCAUUAAAGCGUGACCUCAAAAUUUUGGAUCCCCUCUCGACGGAUACCAAAGUGUUAGCUUUGUGAUGUUCUGUGCCACGAACUCCGGAGGCUUCACGUUGCUUUUGCUGAAGCCAGGAGAGCAAGAGGGAUCGGUGCGCACCGAUCCCUCUUGCUCUCCUGGCUUUGCUUCGCUGGAGAGGCGCUGCGGAGAGAAUUUUUUUCUUCUUGUUCUCCUUCUCUAAAACUAGGUGCAUCUUAUGAUCGGGUUAGUCUUAUAGAGCGAAAAAUAUGGUAUGUUUAAGCAGAGAGCCUGCCCACUAUUUCACUGCAACACAGGGGAGCGCACUGACAACUUUUCAUCGUAUGGCCAGUGACUCCCCUCAGCACAACCCCUUUAACGGGGAACCCUGGGAUCACCGCCAGGUGGGGUGGGUUAAAGGCAUGGCUCCCCACCCCACCCCAGAGCAGACUGUGGCCCCAGUCUUACCUUCUCAGAGGAUGAAGUCCUGAAGCUCUGAAGCUGACUGAGGGCUCCCAGGUAGGCUCCACCCCCUUUUAUGCUUAAAGAUUGGAGCCUACCCUCACCUGGUCUGCACUUGGGAGGUGGUCCAGGAGAGCUUUGCCGGGUGUCACGUAGGAUUGGGGGUGCUGUGCGCUGGCACGCAAAGGGUGCCCUCCGUUUGAUGUGGAGAGCAGUCAUUAUGCAAUAGUUUUCUGCUGUUUGGUGCAGCGGAAAUGCUCAAACUGCCGUUAAGUCAGCCUCUAGGCAGAGAUAUUUCCCAGUUUUAAUGCAUUUACUGUGCUGCUUUUUAGGGGGCAAUGCAAAACAUGGGGUUUGUGCUCUGAAACGGUGCAAAACAACUGUGAGAAUUUGGCACUGCUUGGAGCCAAUCAGACAAUGUGGGAUCUUGAGUGCAUUUCACUUCAGCGGCAUUAACUAGGAACCCAAUUUUUAGUAUCAAUUCCUCAUUUUGGGAGCAGGGUUUGCAGUGCAGAAAGGUUUGAAACGGUUGCAAAAUUUGGCACCGGUUUGGAGUGAAUCACACAAUGUUGGCUUGUUGGGAGUGGGAAUACCUUUGUCUCCUGGUUGGAGUAUCAAUUAUUCAGUUUGGGGGGUGGCACAAAAAUAGCACAAAACUUUGGCACCAGUUUGAAGGGGAUCCAAAACUUCAGGGUUGCACAUUACUGAAGCUCUUUCCCUGCAGCAGUCGCCGUUGUGAAAUGUCCAUUGUCUUUUCUUUCGCAAGUGAGGAAGGCCGUGAUGCCUCAGUCAAACCCCUUGUACACUUUUACCAAACACAUCAAUGGAGAGCUUCCACUUCACUGUGUUGCAGAGACACAGUUGUUUUAGACUUGUGUGAAGGCUCAUCUUUGCCAGUUGUGGCAAAAAGGCCCUAAAGACCAGCACAGUGGUACCUCAGGUUACAGACGCUUCAGGUUACAGACUCUGCUAACCCAGAAAUAGUACCUUGGAUUAAGAACUUUACUUCAGGAUGAGAACAGAAAUCGUGCUCCAGCAGCGCGGCAGCAGCAGGAGGCCCCAUUAGCUAAAGUGGUACCUCAGGUUAAGAACAGUUUCAGGUUAAGAACGGACCUUCAGAACAAAUUAAGUUCUUAACCCGAGGUACCACUGUAGAUUUAGGUCAUAUGAGAAGGGUUUCCUUGGCAGAAUUUCUCCGCUGAAGCUUCAAAUGGAACACCCUCUUGUUGCCUCCCAAAACCACAUAAAUAUAUCUAAUGCUGUCUUAAAAUCCUAGGUCUACGUAAAGAAACUGCGCUCCCUUUCGGGGCAGCUGCCCCCUGUCCACAGCACCCUCCCCAUGGCAAGCGUCAACCACUUGGCAGCAGUAGACUACUCUGUGCGUGACAAUGCCCUUUACUUCUCGGAGUCUGAAGGUGGCGUCAUAAAGGUCCUAGCUAUGAAGGACGCCGGGAGAGUUGCACUGAAGGAAGUCCUGCCGGUCAAGGGCACUGUGAUCUCACUAGCUCUUGACUGGCUGAGUGGCAACAUCUACUGGAUUGACAGCAAGCACCCAUCAAUCCAAGUGGCAACUUCAGAUGGGAGAUACACACUUGUUCUGAUCAGCGAUGGGCUGUCCCAUCCAACUUCUGUAGUUCUGCAUCCCCCAACUGUGGCUAUGUGCUUUGUCGACUCCGGUAACGAACACAGCGCCCUUGGUCCCGUAAUAGAAUGUUCUUCCAUGGAUGGGAGCAAGAGGAACGUUCUCUGGGCGACAUCACAGACUCCAGUGGGUUUAACAAUAGUAGAUUAUGGCACCCAGGUCUACUGGGCUGACCAAGGUAAGUAGUCUAACAUCCACAAUGGUAUAAUUAUUUGGGCACAGCUAGCCUCCAUAGGGGCAUGUUGAAAGGCUUGGCCAGCUUCCUGGACUGGCUGAACCACUAGCUAACUUUUAAAAUAACCCAUCUUGGGAUCUGGAAAUGGAUCCUUUGUUAACUUUAUUGCAUUUAUUUUUAUUUAUUAUAAUGGGCUGGCUUUCAAAUCCACUUAGGAUAUGGUGUCAGUGUUUAAGCUGUUUCUGUAUCCUGCAGAGAAGCAAAAGUCCAAGAUAGGCAUGGCCAGCAAGAUCUAAUCAAUGUGUUGGCGACUUUCUGCUAGGAAUGCCUUCAAGACGAAAUAUUUCAAGAUCAUGCAAAGUUUAGAGAAUGGAAGUCAGCGAGUGAGAUGCUUCUCUGCAGAUGCCAGUCCUUAAUGUAAUGUGGGUUGAAGCUCAAUGAUAUUUUUGCUCCCAAGAAACAACAGGAGGUAGUUCCCAUGCAUAUUCCUCUUACACAGCUCAGCCUCUAACUUCCUUUCUUCCAGCAAAAGGCACUGUGGAAAGCAUUCGGAUGGAUGGCACUCAGCACAGACUCAUUCGUUCUGGGCUGCGUGGCCUUACACUCUUCACAGCCGGGGAGGGAAUAAUGGUCUGGACAACAACGGCACGCAAUGGUAAGCAGGCUCCAACAAAUGCAGAACUCCAGCAAAACAUUAUAUUUAAAUAAAGUGUGAGUCGAUGCAGGGACGUAGCAUGGGUUGCUGGUCUCCGGGGUGGGGCAAGUGUUGUGCCCCUCUGGCGGACUGUGCAAUGGUCAGUCCCUUUGCUGGCCAGCGUCUAAUCAAGGGAAUCUCUCCUUGCGAACUAGUCCCAACCAGGGAGCAGAGAUAAGGCAGACAAAACGUGAAGCUGAGGGCACCACCGUGUCACCUCAUGCUACCUAUCAUUGCAGCAAGGCACUCUGAGCAAUGCUCCAGCAGUGCUUUCCUACCUUCCUCUUCCUCCCUCCCUCUCGGCCAGCCCAGUGGUGGGGCACACGGAGGUCAUUUCACUGGCCACAAGGAGGAAGAGGUACUGCCGGUGCCCCAGCCCCAAAGGCUAGGCCUGGGCGCAGCUUGUCUCCCCACAGCUACAGCCUCAAUGAGGGUGCCUGUCAUGGGGGGCGCCUGGUUGUGCCCCCUCAGAAAUGUGCGCCCAGAGCCACGGCCCCCUGCCCCCCCAUUCUUACGCCACUGGGUAGAUGUGGCAGAUGGUAGCACAUGGCGAUGCUUGAUCACCUGCCUGGACUUGAGAAGUCCAUGGCAUGCCAACAAAAUUAAGUGGGGCAGAUGCCAAGGAACUGAUCCUAGCUAGAAGUCUUAAAUGAUCAGCAUUCUAGGGGGUUCAGAUGAGUGUUUAGCGUUAUUCCUAAGCUUAUGGGACACAUUCAGCUGGUAUUCUUUGGGAGCCUUGAUGCGGUGCACUGUGCACGAAGAUAACUUACCUAAUUAGCUCAGAAAUAAACAGAUUCUAGCUAGUUGAGAAUUGGGGUGGGAAAUUCUAAUGCCAUAUAGUUUCACACACACACACACACACACACACACACACACACACCCCAGUAAUGCCCUAGGUCACUGUAAGGAAUGUGUCUCUAAUUUUUCCCUCUUAUUUCAUGCCUUAAUAGGUGCAACGAAGGUGUGGCACAGCAGACUGGAUGAUUCGGAAAACUGGUGGUUUAAAGAAGAGCAGAAACUUGUGGAUAUAAAGAUCUACAGCAAACUCAACCAACAAGGUAAAACAUUUUUAAAGUUUUAAAGGGGUGACCAGGGUCUCUUCUGAGCAGUUACUUGGUCAACCUGGGCUAUAACUCAAAAUGGUGGCUUCUUCACCUAACACAAAAAUAGGGGCACCAGUUCUUCCUUACUUGAAUGUGUCAAGCUGCUUGCCUUCUGGAAGAACUCCCGAUAUCUUUAAGGCUUGCUCUAGAUUGCUUAAACUGGGGACCAGGUAACAGAAGGGUUCAACACAGGUUUAUUUUAGAAAAACUAACCUAUAAACCUACACGGGGACAAAUAGAAGAAGACGCCUUCACCCCGGUUUGGUUCCCAUUUAUCACAUACAUAGCCCAACAAGACAACAUCAAGAAUCCCCUGAGAGCAUAUGACUCAAUCUGGCUAACCUGAUUCAAAAAUACACACUCACACCCUGCUCACACACAAAAACAGUUCUCCCUACAGCCAACCAAACACAACCAACCACACCCUAAGCCACUUGCAACCUCUCUCACCACCAAGGAAAUACAACAAGUGAAUAGUAAGAGAACCCAUACAAGUAACGCUAACGCCCCACCACUAAGUAGAAUAAUAGAAGCAUAACCAGCCCACCCCACCCCAUCCACCACUCCCCCUCUUCCCCCCUUUUCCCCCUCCUCCUCCUCCUCCUUCUUCCUAAUUGUUUAAACCAAUUCAUAAACCAAGAACUCAUACAUUGACCACUAAUAAUGAAACAUAUGUUGCAGAUAUUUUCCCACAUUUGUUAUGCUAUUUUUGUGAUAUACAUAUGACAUGAGAAAACUUGGUAUACUCUUAUUUGUAUAAAAUUAUUCUUGUUUAUAACACCCCCCCCCCAAAAAACAACAACCACGGGUUUAUUGCACCAGCAACCAAGCUGACAGGAGGGUGCUUCCUUUUAACACACCACAUUUUGCAGAGUAGCAGGGAAGCCAAAGCGGUUAAAAAUCUUUCUCUUGCUACUUCUAGGUCACAACGGCUGUUCGGAAAAGAAUGGUGGAUGCAGCCACAUUUGCUUGCCAAUUCCGCAAGGGAGAAGUUGCAGGUGCACCACCGGGUACGUUCUAGAGGAUGGUACUAGAUGCACCAAACCACUAUGCUUGGAGCCGCUCCAAGCCUGCAAGGAUAACAGCAAAUGUAUUGCAAAAGAGCAAGUUUGUGAUGGCAGCAUUGAUUGCUCUGAUGGAUCAGACGAGAGAGACUGUGAGUAACCCAACUGAGAAACUGCAUGUGUUGUGUUGUGUUGUGUUGUUGUGAGUAAAUGGAUCCUUGGAGAAUUCUCCUUUGCUAAAUGGCCCUCAAAAAUGCCUGAACUCCUAAUGGUUGAACAGCUAGAUUCAUUAAGAUCUAGCUGCUGCCUUACCAGAAAAUCAUAGAACCCAACAACUACAGCUUUAAAUGUAAUGAAAUACUGUUCUUUCCUAGUAAGGUAAAGGUAAAUGACCCCUGGACAGUUAGGUCCGGUCAAAGGCAACUAUGGGGUGUGGCACUCAUCUCGCUUCAGGCCGAGGGAGCCGGCAUUUGUCCACAGACAGCUUUCUGGGUCCUGUGGCCAGCUGUGGUCUAAACCACUGAGCCUCUUGGGCUUGCUGGUCAGAAGGUCGGCAGUUCGAAUCUGCACAACGGGGGUGAGCUCCUCUUGCUUUGCUAGUACAGAAAAGUUGCACCAUAGCCCAUGAGGCUAUCCAAGGCACAAUUAUAGCUAACAUAAGGUAAAGGUAAAGGGACCCCUGACCAUUAGGUCCAGUCGUGACCGACUCUGGGGUUGUGGCGCUCAUCUUGCUUUAUUGGCCGAGGGAGCCGGCGUACAGCUUCCGGGUCAUGUGGCCAGCAUGACUAAGCCGCUUCUGGUGAACCAGAGCAGCUCACGGAAACGCCGUUUACCUUCCCGCCAGAGCGGUACCUAUUUAUCUACUUGCACUUUGACGUGCUUUCAAACUGCUAGGUUGGCAGGAGCAGGGACCGAGCAACGGGAGCUCACCCCGUCACGGGGAUUCGAACCGCCGACCUUCUGAUCGGCAAGUCCUAGGCUCUGUGGUUUAACCCACAGCGCCACCCGUGUCCCAUAGCUAACAUAAGAUUAUGCAAAACAUAAGGGAAAUCCAAGCUACAUACUUAAAACUAGUUUGCCAUGCUGUCUUCCAAUGGGAGCUUCUAGGAAUUAUUCUGUGAGCAGGAGGUAGGAAGUGCUUCAUAUUCUCAACGCUUUACUAAAAAUGCAUUUUCAGUAUUCAGUCGGGGAAGCAAUGAUGGUGCUAUUUGUAGAAUGGGUAUAUUCUAGACUGGAAUAUACCCACAACCAAACUGUUGGCCAAAGCAGCUAAGUUGGUCAACAGAUAAUUCAAACAAUUUAAGACAAACCUUUGAGAAUCUGUGUUUUAUGACUUUGCUAGAAAAGGAAAGGUGAGCUACCUCCUUAAUCAAGUACUCUAGCAUAACCUCUGAAAGUAAGCUUUGCAGGCAGUUACAUUUUCUAUCCUUAAACCAUCAGAUCAGUCAUAUGGUCCUAGGCUGAUCUUGCUGUGUCCCAAAAGCAAUGUGCUGAUGGCUUUUCUGCCGGCAGGCAACAACACUCCGAAGAAGAAACCCCAGCCCACACACCGACCUUCCACACUGCUGCAAACAAAACCCUUUCUUGUUAAGAAAAACACAGAGGCACCCACCAAAACCAUCACCAAGAAGCCUACGGAUGGAACUGCACAUGUACGGCCAGAAGUAAAAAAAUACACAAGAAGGAGUACUACUGCAACAGCAGCAUGGGCACUCGAGCCAAGCAGAAGCCAGAAGACUACAUUACCUCCCAAAAAGAAAUGGAAAGAAUCUUCUCUGGUGCAGGGAAUCGUGAAAAGUGGCCUGGAGUCUCAGCCUUGCAGGAGGGAGACCUGUAACAGGAGAGGGGACUGCACUAUGGAGGGCGAUACAGUGAAAUGCAUCUGCACAUUGGGCUAUAGUGGAGACUACUGUGAAGAGGAGGAGGCGAAGUCUAGGGCGGGUCUCGUUCUGGGCAUCAUUUCCAUCCUACUAAUGGCCAUGGCAGCAGCAGGGACCUUUGUCUACUUCAGGAAGCAAAGAACGCGGCAAAGGUAAGGCUAUUUGCCGUUCUCUACGCAGGUGGCGCUGUGGGUUAAACCACAGAGCCUAGGACUUGCUGAUCAGAAGGUCGGCGGUCGUGACCAACUUUGGGGUUGCAGCGCUCAUCUCGCUUUAUUGGCCGAGGGAGCUGGCGUACAGCUUAUCCAGGUCAUGUGGCCAGCAUGACUAAGCCGCUUCUGGCGAACCAGAGCAGCACAUGGGAACACCGUUUACCUUCCCGCCGGAGUGGUACCUAUUUAUCUACUUGCACUUUGACGUGCUUUCAAACUGCUAGGUUGGCAGGAGCAGGGACCGAGCAACGGGAGCUCACCCCGUCGCGGGGAUUCGAACCACCGACCUUCUGAUCGGCAAGUUCUAGGCUCUGUGGUUUAACCCACAGCACCACCUGCGUCCUUGAUGCUCACUUUGGCCGAGCCCAAAAUAUGGGCAGCAGUAAUUUGCUUGUGCAGACACAGCCUGCUUUGUUUCUAAAUUUGAAUGGCUUGCUUGUGCCUGUUGCAGUCCUGUUCGCAGAAUCAUGAAAGAUUCUGGCAUGCAUGUGCUGCAACUGUAAUUUGCAUUAAUGCAUGUAGUUUGGGUUCCAAAUUGGUGGUGCAGGUGGUUCUACAAGAUCACUGUGCCUCUUAACAGCUUAGCACAAGGGUUCCAGCCUAGGAUUUGCAGCACAGUCAAUAUGUGUGUCUUAUCUCCUCCUCCCACAGGACUUCAAGUGUAUCAUCAACUGGACCGCUGGCCAGCUACCAGAAGGACAGCGACAAAGAAGACAAUUUCGUUGAAGAUGAAACCUGUAUCAAUGCAGCUUAUGAUCCCGAGCAGGUGAGGGCUUCUUAAGAUUCCUGUCCUAAGCUUCCAGUUCCGAGCACUGGUAUAUGCUUCCUGUGUUCUUGGAACAAGUGUUGUUCCUACUUUGGGAUUUUAAACCUGGCCUGGCUAUUGCGAAAGGCAAAGCCAGCAGCAGGGUCAGAAAAACCUCACUGCCUAAAGGAGCUGCGCUUGUGAGUGGUUAAGAUGCUGGCAGGACAGAGGGAGGGACGUUGGCUGAAAUAAGCGCACCCCCUACUUGGCAAAGCUUCUAGCAAUCUGUCUGCAGUUCUUCCUUGCCUGAAGAACUUAACUGCUUGUAAUACCACUGCUUUUGAUAGUCCAGGUGAAAAUGCUGAGGGUCCUAAAAUGUGGCUUUACAAUCCUCUGCAGGAAUUGUCGACUCCAAUGAAGACAGGCAUGGGCACAGACUCGUAAAGCAAACAAAUAAAUGAUUCAUAGUAGAUAAA